AUGCCACAUAUCAUCCUUCUGGGGACCCUCGAUACCAAGCUUGCAGAAACCCUAUAUCUCUACAACCAGCUGAAGCAGAAUGCCACCCGCUUCUCGACCCCUCUAGAGAUCACCUUGAUUGACUGCGGCCGUCAAGUCAUUACGGACGAUGCCAUCACCAUAGGUCAUACUGACCUUCUGUCCAAGUAUGCAUCUGGCGACAGCACCGGGAUAUUGAAUCAAUCCCGGGGAGAAGUGAUUGAACUUCUCAUCAGCUGUGCCAUUAAGUGUGUCACAGACUUAGUGCGAACGACGGAGAUCCACGGAAUUAUCGGUGCGGGCGGUAGUGGAGGAACCAGUCUGAUCACCGCUGUAAUGAGGACAGCUGCACCUCUUGGCCUGCCCAAACUAGUCGUCAGCACAGUCGCGUCCGGGAACACAGGGCCGAUGAUAGGCGAAUGCGAUAUCACCUUGAUGUACUCGGUCGUGGACAUCGCAGGCACCAAUCGGCUCCUCCGCGAAGUGCUGGGGAAUGCAGCUGGCGCCAUGUUCGGCAUGGCAUCGACAUAUCAACAUAGGCUGGGUGAACGUCAGACCCAGAGUGCGCAAGACAAUCAGCGAGAAGACAAGAAGACUAGAGUGGGUAUUACCAUGUUCGGUGUAACUACCCCAUGUGUGGAUCGCGUGAGACGUCACUUGGAAGACAACUAUUCUGUAGAGGUUUACGUUUUUCAUGCGACUGGUCAUGGGGGAAAGGCUAUGGAACGAUUGGUGGAGGAGCGCCGUCUAGACGCCAUCUUGGACAUCACCACGACCGAGAUCUGCGAUAUCAUUGCUGGAGGGACUAUGAGUUGCGAAAAUAGCCGAUUGGAGAGGACGCUCAAGCGCGGAAUACCUAAUAUCAUUUCCGUUGGAGCUACGGACAUGGUCAACUUUGGUCCGGUCGACACGGUGCCACACCAGUACCGUGACCGCGAACUACUAGUCCAUAAUCCGACUGUGACUCUGAUGCGUACCUCUGCAGCUGAAUGUCGGAAAGUCGGGGCUUUCAUUCUCGAUAAACUAGACCGGUUUACCCAGGACCAAGAGAUGGUUGAGGUGUGGCUGCCUAGGGGAGGAGUGAGUAGCAUUGGGACAGCAGGGUCAGCCUUUGCAGAUGCAGAUGCCGAUGCUGCCCUUGCUGAUACCCUACGCUCCGGGUUAAAGGGCAGCAUGAUAAGAGUGGUAUCAGAUGAGCGAGAUAUAAAUGAUGAUGGAUUUGCACUUGACAUUGCGGAUCGGCUUAUGGCUCUUGUGGCACAGAAUUCCUGCCAUACUCCCUUCAGUGCUGUCGACCAUGCCGAUGUCGGUUCCCCCGUGAUCAUCAGCACCAAUAAGAUCAACCCGGUUUGCGUUGGCCUGGCUCCAUUGGUUGAUGAACUGCUGAAAAGUUCUCCUCCACUACAGUACAGUUGUGCUGUACUAGAGACCCCCAACCUCUAUCGCGACCCAAUUAUUGAGGCUGUCACAAUGGAUCCGCCCAUGAUCCCGACACCUGGCACAGCGGCCUCCCGACCGCCUCGUUCCUCGCAUUCGUCCAGCCCAAGAAAACGUCCACAGCGCACCGAUUACCCACCCUCCGCUGAUAACAACGCGAGCUAUGGCCCAAUGAGCGGCGGUCGGGCCCCAGGGACUGGUGCGGUACCCGUCGCCGAGGCUACAGCCAACAAGACCCGCUUAGAAACCCCCGCUGAUAAUGCUGCUGGCAAACCCUCCAAGUCCUCCAAACGCAAGAAGAACCGCAAUCGCAAGCGUCGCAAUCGACACCAGUCUUUUAUUCCACCUGGUCAGGAGGAAUCUCAUGAUAGCCCUGGGGAGAUUUCGGAUGCUGGAGGUGUCAGAGAUUCAAUGGAGGCCGAUCGGCCAACCUCGAAGGACAAAUCGUUCUUCAAAUUGGGGCGCAAUCUGAGUAAUACAAGCUUGGAGAGCGAUGCGCUAUUGGACCAUCGGGACCAACCUUUGAUGCGACCUCGUCGUGACAGUCGCCUUGCAUCGUCAUUUCGCCCGAGUUCCCUAACAUCCAAUGUCUUCCGGUCGAACGACGGGCAACCUCGCAGCACCCCGAGGGGAGGACGGAGCCAACAAUACCACAAUGGUGAUAGUGACGAGGAGGAUGCCAAUGAUCGGACACCAUUGAUGCGGCCAAUUUCAAGCCACACGCCAGGCCACAAUCGGUAUGGAACAGACAAUCGUGGGGGUUACUUCUCAUCGCGUGCUCGACAGUCCUCUACGCAAACUAUGUCCUCGGGAUGUUCGCCAAAGGAUGAUCGCAGUCCACUCUAUUCUCCCACUGUAGAGCGAGACUACGAUGUCAACAACCCGCCAUCGAUUCCCGGGUCUCCGAAGCUGGGCCCGGAAAUGAAUUACGACGAUGCGGUGGUGACAGGAGCUGAUUGGGACUUCUCAAUGGCCCGGUCAAUGGAGAAUCACAAGGACUCUUUGAAUGCUCUCAACGACACGCUCAUCGACAUAGAUGGAAAUGGACUGCACCCGCAUUCUGCGCCAUCUUCUUCACCUGGAUCGCCGCUGCUCUCUCCACACCAAGAAUUGCGGCGACGCCGGACCGUGGCAGUACCAGCACAGGAAGACGUAUGCUUCCCUACUGAAACGAUAUCUGAAUUGGGAGACGAGGGACCAAGGCAAAUGCGAGAUGAACCCGGUGAGCGUCGACGGCGUAGACAUCGGCGAUGGCCCGAUCUCUCUGCGCUGGAAGAAUGGAGCCGCGAGGAGAAAGAGGAUCGCAAUGGAGACAUUCGAGUUAAAAGGAUCAGUGAGCCUAUGCUCAUCGAAGGCCGAUUGCGUCCUCAGUAUACAGGUUGGCGACGCGAAGAGGAUGAGGCGCCUUAUCGGUUCACAUACUUCAACGAGGAAUUCCCGAGCACCAUUCAUGCUCAAACUAUCUCCGAGCUGGUACAACCAGGUGGUAGCUUCCGCGAUUUGUUUAUUCCAGAUCCCCCCGAAUUGGAGGAUUCCUCAGAAGACGACGACGAGGAAGAAGAAUCUUUCGUUGAAAAUCCAGCUUUCAAUAACUCAACCCAUCACGCUAGCAAGCCAACAUAUCAGACGGACAACCAAAGUCAAGGGCAAGCCCAUCAAACGAACGUCAAUCCUUACAUGAUACCCCAGACCGUUGUUCCCAAUGGAAGAUCUACAAGUGACCUUAUCACUGGCAAUGCUCCUCCUGUCAGAGGGCCCUCACGUUUAUCUGCCAUUAGCGAAGGACGCCCAGACUCCCACCGAGAGCCCUCGCCCGCACCCUCAAACACCCCGUUUAACAAUAUCCCCAACCCAAAGCCUAAACGGUACGGUCCACGGCCGACUUUCUGGCUAGAUGUCCUGUCUCCAACAGAUGCAGAGAUGCGUACGAUUGCCAAAGCGUUCGGGAUUCACGCGCUGACGGCAGAGGACAUAAUGAUGCAAGAAGCUCGAGAGAAAGUCGAGUUGUUCCGCAGCUACUAUUUCGUCAACUACCGCACUUUUGAGCAGGAUACCAACAGCGAGGACUAUCUUGAGCCGGUGAACAUGUAUGUGGUAGUUUUCCGCGAAGGCGUGAUAUCUUUCCAUUUCUCGCAAACACCUCACCCAGCCAAUGUGCGGCGGCGUAUCCGUCAACUGAUGGAUUACCUGAUCCUCAGCUCAGACUGGAUUUCAUACGCACUAAUUGAUGAUAUUACCGACGUCUUCGGCCCGCUGAUCCAAGCAAUUGAAGAUGAGGUCGAUGAGAUCGACGAGAUGAUCAUGCAGAUGCACUCUUCCAGCAAGGAGGUGUCGUCCAAUGACAGCGUGCUUCCUUCAUUCGCACCAGGAGAGAUGCUCCGGCGAGUGGGAGAAUGCCGCAAGAAGGUCAUGGGACUGUAUCGACUUCUGAGCAACAAGGCCGAUGUAGUCAAGGGCUUUGCCAAGCGUUGCAAUGAGCAGUGGGAGGUCGCACCCAAGUCAGAGAUUGGUCUGUACCUAGGUGACAUUCAGGAUCACAUUAUGACGAUGACGGGUAACCUAACGCACUACGAAACAAUCCUUUCCCGCGCACACUCCAACUAUCUCGCACAGAUCAAUAUCCUCAUGAACGAGCGCCAGGAACAUACUGCUGAUGUCCUGGGUAAGCUGACUGUUCUUGGUACCAUUGUCCUACCGAUGAACAUCAUCUGCGGCAUGUGGGGGAUGAACGUCAAGGUACCGGGUCAGGAAAUCGAUAGCCUGACAUGGUUCUGGUGCAUUACUGCCGGACUAUGCGUGUUUGCAUUUGUAUCUGUUUGGACUGCUAAAAGAGUCUACAAAAUUGUAUAG